GUUAUAAUUCCCUUCUUUCUUGAAACCAAAACUGUUUACUUUUGCUAUCUGGAAGGUUUUAAAGUUAAUUUCAACUUAACUAACCAAGUUUAUUUGAAACCUUGUCUAUUUCUCAUCGUACCGGAGUAGAUAAAAAAUGCUAAAUAAUUCCAUCAGCAAUCAAAAUCCUGAUAUGGUAUUAACUCACCGUGGAGCCAAAAUGUCAGGCACAACAGCUAUACCUCUUGCUGAUCUCAGAGAGACUUAUCUUGAUGCUGGCCUUGAUGAGGGCUUCACCAAUAAUAUGGGAGGAGUUGAUGAUGGACUGGCUGAGGAGGGAGGGCACAAUGAUCCAGGAUUUGGUCCUCCCACCGCUGGUGGGGACCGCCCCUCAUCACCUGGCACUCGUGAUGAUGGUACCAGCCGCAGACGUGGGUAUUUUCCUGUACACAAUCCUGCAAAUGAACCGGAUGUACCUAUAAACAAGGGCAGGAGGCCUCUAGAUGUAAACCUGUAUGCCACCAAGAAGACCGUGGCACAGGGCAUGAUGGACUUGGCUCUGCUCACUGCCAACGCUAACCAGCUGCGUUAUGUGCUCGAGUCAGGCUCUGUUGGUGGUUUGUACUACAACCUCAACGUCUCCCUCAUCUGCAUCAGCAUUAUUUUUCAGGUGGUAAUUGGCGUGGCCCUCAUCUUCCUGGGCCGGUACGAUGUGUCACACGAGCUGCAUGCCAGGAAAGCUGACAUCUUGAACAACUGGAUUGUGCUGGGCGUGUUCCUGAUCACUGUGGUGAACGUGUUCAUCUCCGCCUUCGGUAUUGAACCUCUGGACGGACUGAACCCUGAGCUGGUCAGGGCUGCGGUGGAGACUGCAGCUGAGGCUAACCCCAGACAGAUAUUGGGAUAAAGACCACGACCAAUGCCUGGAAUUAGAUCUGACUAGAAAUGUUUCCAUUUUUAAUAAAUCUAUUUAUAUGAUAGCCAUUUAUGUUUUUAUUGAUUUAUUGUGGAAGACCAAUGAUUGGAAUUAGAUCUGACUAGACAUGUUUCCAUUUUUAUGAAAUGUAUUUAUAUGAUAGCCAUUUCUGUUUUUAUUGAUAUGCUCAAUUUAUUAUAGGAUUCAUGUUGAUUUUAACAAAUAUAAAUUUCCGUUUUUAUUAUUAUGCUCAAUUUAUUGUGGGAUUCAUGUUGAUUUUUAACAUAAUUUAACUAAAAUAAUUACACAUUCUCCUAUCACAUUGACGAAAUACACAAAAUAGAGUAUAUUUCUAUAAGCAGGUUUCAUUUCUUCUUGACGACUUGAAAUGCAUGGGCAAUUAAUUUCUAUUAUCCCCACAAUCGCCCUUCUUACCAUAUUCUUGCCAUAGCAAGCAUGCAACGUCAACGAUUCGCCAGUUAUAAGUCAUUAUUAUCCGCACGGGACUACGCGUCCUUGCAUGCUGGUAGAUUGUAGUUAAAAAUUGCACUGUGUUCGUAUAUCAACAUAUUUAUACCAGUUUAGACGAGGCAAAGAAAGCGAUUGGUUUUAGGUUGAAGUGCUUCUCACAAUUGACUGGUUGUAGGUCUAGAAACUAAAAGUGUUCUCGGUGAUACAUCAGCUGUGCUGUGCCUAUGGUAUUUCUUGGUAAGUUUAAGGUUCUGUUGUUUUAGUGGAAUUCAACUCAUUUAUUUAUGCGUGGAUUUAAUAGUUCUUUGGCCCAUCAUUUUGUGUGCGUUUUGGAAACUUUCUGAUAUUGUGCCAUAGAAUCUAACCAUCUCCUAAGUAGAAAUCUGUUUAUAUUACCACCAGAAAAUUAUGAAUAAACUUGGAAUAUAUCAAAAUUUGUCUCGUGUUUAGUUAACUUGUUAUUUUCUUCGAAUCUCAGUAAGUAAUGUAUUUAGAAUGGCUGCUUGUCUUGAAACUUUCAAUGAAAGUUACACGUUUUUUAGGCAGAAAUUAAAUAGCUUAAGUGUUGGUUUAAGCCGAGAUUGGGAAUUCCUUGAUGAAUUAGGUAAUUAUCACUAUCAUGCAAAAAUUUAUGAUUACAAAUUGAAGUUGAGAUAAAAAUUGUAAAGCGGUUUUGAUUUUAAGCUGAAGCAUAAUAGUAAUAGUAUUAAGCGUGAAAUAUUAUCAUAAUUCAAUUGGAAUAUUUGUGAUGUAUCUCAUUUUAGGAUGUGAAAAAGAACAUGUCUCUAACUCCACCCCCCGCUCUUUCCAUCGUGGUUUGUUCUGACAAUAAAGAAACACAAUUGAUAAGUGAACAUUAUGAUGAACGAACAAACUCUCCACAGUCUCGGGGGACGCUUGCUAUUGAUGCUUCCUCCGCCCUGUUAUGGAAGUCGCUGCUUGCUCUAAAACUUCUUUCCACGAGUCUAAAGACAUGAUGAAUCUUCACUGUGAUUAUUCAUCUGAAUUUAUAUUGAGUAGUAGUCUAAUUUCCUAGAAAGUGUUAAGAUAUUAGGAUUUAUGUCCUGAAAGUAACUUAUUAUCUGUACCUGUGCUCAGAGAUUGAGAUUAAAUUCCUGUAAUCAAUUUGAUGCAAUGCGUCUGGUAGGAAUUCGUUUGUAAUCGGUCAAGAGACGUCGCUAUAAUUUGCGUUCUUAGCCUGGGCUGUGGGUUCAUUACUGAACGCGAGCCUCAAGAUCUACAACCAUGUGUUGUAGAUCUUGAUUGUUAUUUCAAUUGUGACGAUAAAAUUAGCUUUGAUGUGGUCAACCUAAUUAGAAAAUUAAAUUUGUAAUGCUAGAGGCCGAGCCAAAUUUAAUGUUUUGUUACCAUUUUAGUUUAAGAUUCUUUGCUUGUGGAUAUUAUUGCCUUGGAAAGUCGCUAGGAUUAGACUGGUUCAACUUCCUAAUAAGUGCGUGACAAUUUUCAUAGUGAUUACAAUUAUUUUAUUGAAUUUACUCAUUAUUCACAAUUCUGAUGGGCAACAGAGAACGCCAUAUCGUGCAUGCUCUGUCCAGUUUUAGCUUUGGCCACAAGAUCAGGUCAGGAGACACGUUUCCUGGACGUCCAACUACGCUGUAUAUCCUUACUUAUUGCGUUCUCUAAUGUGGUCUAUAGCUCUGUAACCCCGAAAACGUUCUCUCUAGCUCUGUAACCGUAAAAUAUUAUCUCUAGCUCUGUAGCCCCGAGAUUCUCUCUCUAGUUCUCUAAUCCAAAACAUUCUCUCUUCCAUCGGUCUUAAAAAUUUGGUCGCUAAGAAGUUUAUUCACGCAUGUACGCUUUAAAUAAAGUUGGAAAAGACAAUAACAGCUGAGUGGCCAAAUCAACGUAUUUUUUCAUGGUUAAUUCUCUGAGAAGGCGCGAUGUGUUGAAUGAAAUACAAAUUAAUUGUAUUUUUCAAAUCGGUUUUUAUGUUUGACUUGUUUGUUGUAAUGAGGCAUUACUGUGUUUUGUUUCACUUGCAUUUUGUAAUGCUUAUUUUGACCGCAGUUCCUAGUUCCUAUACGCAUGCGUUAACCAGUAUCUCCUUUAUAGUUUUAUCUCUUUCCUUGUCAACGAUCAAACGAUCGUUACUCUUAUUUUUGGAUUGUUUGAUCUCUUGCUCACGUUUCAGUGACUUAUCCUUCCAAUAGAGGCAAUAAUUUUUCUUGCUUGUAUUAGGACGCAUUUCUCCUUUAGCCUUCUGUCCAAGACAUUCCCUAUACAGGGCAUGAAAUUUGUCAUGUAAUUAACCUCUGGCACAACAUAAACAGGGUAAUAAAUGUGAUGCUUUCAAGUGUCUUGAACCUGCCUCAACAUCUCGUUUAAAUGAUGUUACAUAAUUAUUUUGUGCAUUUUACCUACGAAUUUAUACCUGAAUAUUAUAAGCUAUUUGCAUAAGAAUGUGUUUCAUUCACUAUUUCCUAGAUUGCUCGAGGAAAACUGUUCAGGAAUA